GUCUUUUUGGCGACAUGAAGGUCGAGUGACGCCGCGGAGCAGCGCCACGGCUUCAGCAUCGCAGGGUCAUCAUUGGCUGGCAAGCAGCUGGAGGUGGAGUCUGGUCUGAGUGGGCGGGGCUUCUCAUGAGCAGUCGACAAAGUGCUGCUUGACCUGUGGAAACAACAUGAGACUAAGAUACUUCCUGAUGCUGCUGACCACCUCCACUGUUCUCGGGGGCGACCACACGGAGCCAUGCGGAGGCCGGGACUGUUCCACCUGUCGGUGCUUUCCAGCCAAGGGAGCGACGGGGGAUCCAGGGCCGCUUGGUAGACAGGGACCUCAGGGACCCCCAGGUUUCCCAGGCUCUCAAGGUUCUCCGGGAGAGAAAGGCAAGCGAGGGGAUGAAGGUCCAGCAGGAUCUCCGGGACCAAAGGGAGACACGGGAGCUGUUGGGGUUCCUGGCUUUCCUGGUCUAGAUGGAGUCCCGGGUCACCCGGGCCCAGCUGGCGGACCUGGUUUUCCUGGAGUGGACGGGUGUAACGGGACUAAAGGAAAGCAGGGAAAUCCUGGACUUCUUGGAGAGCAAGGGCCCAACGGUGAUGCGGGUUUUCCAGGACCAAAGGGAUUUGCAGGAGAGCCAACAUUCUACUUCAUCCAGUACCCUGGAGUGCCUGGUGACGUUGGCACAGGCGGACUUACCGGUCUACAGGGUAACCCAGGUCCCCCGGGUCCGCGCGGAUUUACGGGUACAACCGGUCCUGACGGAGUAAAUGGUCUCCCCGGCCUGUCAGGUCCCAGAGGUCUGCCUGGUGAACGAGGUCGAUCGGUGACGGGCCAGAAAGGAGACGAGGGAGAACAGGGCUUCCAAGGGCCCCCGGGGCCAUUUGAAUAUGUUGACCCCCCAGAGGACUUGUACAUCAAAGGAGAGCAGGGUCAAGCUGGGCCUAAAGGGGUGUGUGGACUUCCAGGCCUGCCCGGUUUGGAUGCUCUGCCUGGCAUCAAGGGAGAGACAGGGAUUGUGGGAUUUCCUGGACCCAGAGGGUUGGCUGGGCGGCCUGGUCUACCUGGCGACAAAGGAGUGAAGGGGACCGUGGGAAGUCCAGGUCUUCCAGGACUGAUCGGACGAGAAGGCCCAAAGGGCAUGACGGGAAGUCCCGGUUUCAAAGGUCUCCCCCGGGAUGAUGUUAUGACCCAUUUAGGUGAUGCUGGAGAUCCGGGAACUCCAGGACCGACGGGUCCUCCAGGAGAUCGUGGCUUAAUGGGAACUCACGGAGCCCGAGGGCUCCCUGGAAGAGCCAUACCUGGACUGCCAGGUGUGGUGGGAACGAGGGGGAGUCCAGGUGCCCGUGGUGACAAAGGAGAUCUCGGUCAGAUUUCCACAUUUCAACCAGUACCUGGGGAACCUGGAACACCUGGAAUCCCAGGACCCAGAGGACCAAAAGGACUGCCUGGAAGGCCAGGCUAUUACUGUCUUCCCGGAGCCCCAGGAGUGUCUGGAGAACCUGGUGAACAAGGAGUGCCAGGGUCCUCAGGGUUCCAAGGAUUCAAAGGUCGUCAAGGGGAAUGUUCCUGUGGUCCUCCAAUUGUAGUGAGGAGUACCCCGGGUUUAGCAGGUGAACCUGGAUUGUUAGGGUAUCAAGGACCUCCUGGAUUUCAGGGGCCCGGAGGGGAGAAAGGCUUACCAGGAGACAAUGGAAGGAAUGGACAACAGGGUUUGGGUGGCUUACCAGGUGUCAAAGGGUUCAAAGGUCAGAAAGGAGACUUCACCGUGGUGGAUAUUAAAGGCAAGAAGGGGGAAAGAGGUAAGCCGGGUCUUGCAGGAAGACAAGGUUUCUCAGGAAGAAGAGGUCAGGAUGGGCUACCAGGACUUCCCGGAUACUCUGGACCAAAGGGAGAAAGUUACCUCAGUUUUCCUGGGGAACAAGGUUUUCCAGGUCCCUCUGGUCCCAAAGGACUAACAGGACCGACCGGCCCCCAAGGAUCAGGUUUGGUUGGAGCAAUAGGAAAGCAGGGAAACCCGGGUGCUCUUGGACCGCCAGGUUUCCCCGGCACCCCUGGCCGGAAAGGUGUUCCAGGUGAAACUCUACCUUGUGUACCUAGAAACCCUGGAACACCAGGAGAGAAGGGAGAGACCGGAGAUAGAGGCCUCAGAGGCCUUCCUGGUCUUCCCGGAUUCAAUGGAAUCACUGGACCUGAUGGACCUAAAGGAGUAAAAGGACAGUCUGGACUUCCUGGACCACCUGGACGACUGGGACCACCAGGUUUUGUUGGAGAUACUGGAGACGACGGUCUUGAAGGAUUCAGUUAUGCUGGAGAGCCAGGUACUCCAGGCGUACCAGGCACUCCUGGACUGAGAGGACCAGCUGGGGACUCUUAUGUGGGGCCCUCAGGACCUAUUGGCUUCCCAGGGGUACCAGGCUCUCCGGGACCUAAAGGAGUCCCAGGCCAACCUGGCAAACAGGGUAUCCCAGGUGUCACAGGACUGCCUGGAGGUCCAGGGCCAAAGGGCCAGAGAGGACAGGACGGUGCACCAGGGAACGUUGGUCCCCAAGGUCCUAUCACUAAUUUGUGCGAUACUGGAAAGCCUGGCUCUGCAGGCCCUCCUGGGUCACAAGGAUUCUUUGGACCCUCAGGUUGUUCGGGGGAGAAAGGUGACAUGGGAGAGCCAGGUUCUCCUGGUUAUGGCCUCCCUGGCCCUGUGGGUAAACCAGGUUCUCCAGGUUUUCCUGGAUACCCAGGACCUCAGGGACCCCUUGGCUCCAGUGGGGACUCUGGAUAUCCAGGGUGGGAUGGCCAAAAAGGUUUGAUGGGACCACCUGGUAGGAGCGGUGUCCAAGGGGCGCUGGGAUUAGUAGGGGUCCCUGGAUGUCUUGGGAGGAAAGGAGAGAGAGGACUUAAUGGUAAAGAUGGAGCACCAGGAUGUGAAGGCCCCAAAGGAGAGAAGGGCUUUAGAGGGGCCGCCGGACCUCCUGGGGUGACUAUGGUUGUCCCCAUCAAAGGUGUAAGAGGAAAACAAGGCCUCCCCGGUGUCAGUGGCUUCCCUGGUCCAAGAGGAAACAAGGGGGCACUAGGUCCUGUUGGAAAGCCUGGGUAUCCAGGCAUUGAUAUGCCCCCGGGCAUCGUCGGGCCCCCGGGUCCUCCUGGACGUUUUGGCAAACCAGGGUAUUCUGGAGCUCCUGGGCCUCCUGGACUUCCUGGCUUCAUUGGCUUCCCUGGCGAAACAGGAGACCCAGGUGACCCAGGAUCCCCUGGGAGGUCUGGUGAAGCUGGUCGUCAAGGACGUACUGGACCCAAAGGUGAUCAAGGAGAGUCUGUUAGUGGUUAUGGUUUGCCUGGGGACAAGGGAGCUCCUGGAGAUUUUGGAUAUCCAGGUGCGCUUGGACUUCAAGGCAAUCCUGGAGCAUUGGGUUUUCCUGGCAGUUUAGGCCAGAGAGGUUGCAAAGGCGAUCCGGGACAGCCUGGGGAGCAGGGACCACUAGGUGUGAUUGGACCGCCAGGUCCAAGAGGUCGUGCGGGUGUUCCGGGUCUUCCUGGAAAUGCAGGUGCUGAUGGCCCCCCGGGACCCAAGGGCUUCUCAGGACUCCAAGGCCCUCCUGGACCACUAGGACUUCAUGGGCUGGAUGGACUGAAGGGAGUAAAAGGAGAUAUUGGUAGUAGAGGUCUCAGUGUUCCAGGGUCUCCUGGUUCUCUAGGAUUUCCAGGAGAUAAAGGCCCUCCUGGUCCUCCUGGUCCACAAGGUUCAUCACAACCUGGGCCUCCAGGACCCAAAGGCACUGAAGGAUCUAAAGGGCCACAAGGACCAGUUGGCCUCUUAGGCGAACCUGGACCUGACUGUAUAAUUCCUCUCCCAGGAGUCCCUGGAGAGCCUGGUGACCCUGGACCAGAUGGAGUGCCAGGUUAUCCUGGUGACACAGGGGAGUCAGGCCCUAACCCUCCGACACCUGGGGAUGAUGGAGACAAUGGAAUCCCAGGAUACCCAGGCACAAAGGGAAUGAAAGGAUUACCAGGGCCCAAAGGAUUACCUGGCACAGGUGGAAUUGCAGGGCUCAAAGGUGUACGAGGUUCUCCGGGUCUGAUGGGGCUACCUGGAAACAGAGGCCCUGGGGGUUCUCCAGGAUCUACUGGACCUCCUGGAUCUCUGGGCUGUUCUGGGAUGAUGGGCCCAAAAGGGGAGAUGGGCAGAGUUUUUCCUUGCCCCAAUUACCCUUCCCCCCCAGAGGGCCCUCCAGGACCUCCAGGGCUACCCGGUCGACCAGGAAGGGCUGGUUUGCAGGGAGACGUUGGUCUUCAGGGACUCAAAGGUAAAAAGGGGGACAUUGGGUGUCUGGGACCACAAGGGCCUGAAGGGCCACCAGGUCCUGAAGGAGAGCCAGGUCUACAAGGCCUGCAGGGGGAGAGUGGAUUGGUGGGAGCCAAGGGUGAUCCUGGUUUUACUGGUGACCGUGGAUCUCCUGGACCAUCCAGAUCACUAAACGCAGGCUUCCUGAUGGUCAUGCACAGCCAGUCCAAAACAAUUCCUUCCUGUCCACUGGAGAUGAGGGUUCUGUGGGUCGGAUACAGUCUGCUAUACCUGGAAGGCCAGGAGAAGGCGCACACUCAAGACCUCGGUCAAGCGGGCUCAUGUAUGCGAAUCUUUUCCACCAUGCCUUUCGCUUCCUGCAACAUGGGAACCUGCUCGUACGCCAGCCGCAACGACAAGUCCUACUGGCUGUCGACGACAGCCGCUGUUCCCACCAUGCCUGUGGGUGGAGCCUUCAUCGAAGACCACAUCAGUCGCUGUGCGGUUUGUGAAGCCUCUUCUGCCCCCGUUGCACUACACAGCCAGUCCACCACCCGGCCUGAGUGCCCCCCUAACUGGAGGAGCCUGUGGACCGGAUACUCCUUCCUCAUGCAUACGGGUGCGGGCGAUGAAGGCGGCGGUCAGUCUCUGACAUCAUCAGGGAGUUGCCUAGUGGACUUCCGGGCGCAGCCUUUUGUGGAGUGCCAGGGUCCCCGGGGAACCUGCCACUACUUCGCCAACAUCUACAGCUUCUGGCUGACCACCAUGGACUCCUCUAAGCCACCGUCCGACACGUCUUGGUUGUCGAGCACGGUGAUGAUGGAGGCUCGGCAACAGAAGAACAACAUCGGCCGAUGUAACGUCUGCAUGAAAGAGAGUAAGUGAGGUCGCCAGCCCGAGAGGGACAAAGCGCAUCCUCUGUGGCGUCAUGUGACUCUGAUCUUUAUCAGUCCAUACCUGCUGGGAGGGCAAUCGCAGCUUGACCACGCCCCCUCCACAUGAUCAAUGCACGCGCACACCCGUGUGUGUAAAGACUUUUUCCACGACUAAGCAAGCGGUCAAAAGUUUUACCUUGACGCGAGAACUCUUUCAUUGCUCAUGUGCCGACAUUCCAGAGUAUUUCGAUGUCUGAAGAUGGAAAUUCGGAGCAUAUCUGGAGAACACUUUUGUUUAGAAUCACACGCGCAAUCAUUGAAAUUGCAAAUACAAUAAUUAUGAGCAAUAAUAAAUUAAGAUUAAACUAUCUUUUGGAUUUCCUGCUCUCAGUGCAUUUUAUUUAACCGUCGUACAAGUGUAAAAAGAAGUUGCUGUACAUUUAAACAGGGGUUCGGCCUCGGGUCCCAACUUUCCCACUCAAAUAUCAACACUGAAUUAGUCAUCUCAUUCUUUAAAAAAAAUUUAAAAAAGAUGAAAAAUAUUGUAUUUUUCGGACUACAGUAUAUAGCGUAACGGUAUAUAAACCGCACCCACAACAUUUUUGGGGAUUUUUUCCCCCAUAUAUUACCCGCACCGGACUAUAAGCUUCAGAUAUAUACGUUGCAAAAUGAGUUAUUUACACGGAAAUAUUUUAUGUUUAUCUACAUACCUUAAGUGCUUACAAACAGUGCCUGUAACAUGGCAGUAAAACGGCUGAUCAAACAAAACAGAAGCCAUCGUCAGGGACCCACUAGCUGCGGAAGCUAGCUCUCCAAUCAGACAAACCGACUCAAGAACUCCACGGUGACGUUUUGGGGGAAUUUACCGAGGAAUUUGGGAAGCUGAAACAUUACAAAAAGAAUGCCAUUGUAAAUUAACACUGCGAACACAGACACUUUUAAACGUGUUAGCAUAUCAGCUAAUGCCAACGAUGCUCGCUUGAUGCGUGAAAACACUCCUACAGACAUCACACAUGGAACGGUUUAGUAAGCACGAACUGUUUUAGUUAUAUUGUAAAAGUUACCCACGUUGCUGUGAGCGAUGAAUGAAGAAUCCAUACGAGCUGAAACGCCAUGGAUGACUAGAAGACGGAACGGCACUUCUACUUCCAGUUUAAAGCACUAAAUGGAAGGACACUGCAGCACCUGCAGUGAGCAAACUUGUCAAAAAAAUGUUGCCAUAGUACAAACAAUAACACACCUUUUUGGGCUCUGUACCGAGGAUGUCGUUGUGGCUUGUGCAGCCCUUUGAGACACUUGUGAUUUAGGGCUAUAU